AUGGCAAAAGAAUUAUUUCGUUGUCUAUGGUGUUUGCUUCCAGAUACAUUUAAGGAAAAAGUUCAAAAAUCAAGUAGAAAGGAUGCAUCGAGGGAAGUUCUAUACUUAGGUAAGAGAGAUGUUGAAUCAGAAUUUGGUGCCGAUACAACUAAAGAAGCAAUAUCAUCUCUGUGGUCGGAUGGCAAACCAAAUUUAAAAGAAUUGCGAAUAUCAUUUACUUGGUUGGGGCUACAUAUGGAAGAUCUUGAAACAAAUCGUGUACGCGUAUAUCCAAUUGAAAGAAUUUCAUAUGCCAUCGUUGAUAGUGUUUUCGAUCGCGUAUUAAGUGUUAUUAUCAAGACAAAUGAUUUGUUAGAAUGUUACUGUUUUUUAUUCUCUAAGCCAUCUGAAGCCAAGGGCAUGCUACGCAAUUUCGAAAAGUCAUUAACCGAUGCUGCAAAUUUGUAUCUUUCAAAAGCAUUCGAAAAUGAUGGUAAACUAGGCUUUGAAAAUUUGGCUUACGAUGAUCAGACAGUUAAUUAUAAUAACUUUUCUUCUAGUGCUUCGUACGAUAGUCGAUCGCGUGCGAAUACGAAUUGA